GAGAGAGAGAAUGAAUAAUAUUGAGGUUAUUGGGGAUGGAAGAAGAAUAUGCAGAGAAAAUAGUCCAGAAAGAGGGAAAUCACAGAGCAACAGAGUAGUAUUAAUGAGAGCAAGUUUUAAAAAAGUUCAAGUUGUCUAUUAUUUAUCAAGAAAUGGACAACUUGAACAUCCUCAUUACAUUGAAGUUACUCAUCUUGCUCAUCAACAUCUUAGAUUAAAAGAUGUUAUUGAUAGGCUUACUGUGUUGAGAGGCAGAGGCAUGCCUUCACUAUAUUCUUGGUCUUGUAAAAGGAGCUACAAGAAUGGAUAUGUGUGGAAUGACUUGGCUGAAAAUGAUUUCAUCUGCCCUUCUGAAGGAGCUGAGUAUGUUCUUAAAGGAUCUGAAAUUAUUGAAGGUAAUUCAGAAAAAUUUCAGCAAAUUCAUAUAGCACAGAGUCAUCAGUUGAUGAGAAACAGCCAGCAAAUUCAAGAGUCCAAACGCAAAUCACAAGUCUCAAAACGACACUCAGACGAGGCAGAAAUUGAAGAGAACAACCAUAAUUACUUAGAUGAAGAAUUAUUUGAAGAGAAAUUCUCAACCACACCCAAUUUCAGUUGCUCAAGAGGUGUAAUUUGUAGUGAUGAGUUAACUCGGAAGAAUAAUUCUACCGAGUUAACUCACACAAACUCGUUAUCUCCUCCUUCAACAACUUCCUCUUCGCACUCAGACAAACCCAGUAACACUGAAAUCACCAACACUUCCAAAAGGUUUGAAGACGGUGACCCGGUGAUUACCGAGUCAUUACUGAGUCGUAACUCGGUCCUCUUCCAACUCAUCUCCUGUGGCGGAUCGGUGUCGUUUAGAGGGAAAAGUGCUACUACCGAUCCGCUGAAGCAGCAACAACCACCUCCGCCGUGCACGGUGGUGCCGAGGAAGAGCAGUAGUAGCUGUGCUAGUUUUCAUAAAGGUGUAUUGUGCAAGGUGGCGAAGAAUAAUGAGGUGGAAGAGAUAAAAUACAUGUCGGAGAAUCCACGAUUUGGGAAUUUGCAAUCGGAGGAGAAAGAAUAUUUCAGUGGGAGCAUUGUUGAAUCAAUGACGACCGAGGAGAGAACAGCUCAAGUUGAUCCACAAUUGAAGAAAUCUUCUUCCUACAAUGAAGAGAGGAGCUCAAAGGCGGGGCUAAGAGAAGUAGCACCAGAAGAAGAAGAAAAGGAGGAAUUGAAGGCUGUAAAAGGAAAAUGCAUCCCAAGGAAAAAGUCUUCUUCUAAACACUCCAAAAAGUGACCUUUUUCUGCUCUUUCACCAAAAGCUUUUCUUUGGGGCUUUUAGUUGGAACCUAGUUAUAAAAGUACUGUUUUAGGCUUAGGUUUUAACUCUUCAAACACUUUUUUUGGUAGGGUUACUAAAA